AUGGAUCCAUUUUCUAUCGGCAUUGGCUGUAUCACCCUACUCGAAGUUGCCCAAAAGACAAUUAAACAGCUUUACCAGCUUAGCAAGCGUUAUAAUGACGCCCGAUCAGAUUUAUUCAUGACUAUGACUCAACUUCGAAGCCUAGCCUAUGUACUGGAGCUUAUUCGGUAUGACGAAGGAACCCAACACACGGAUAGCCCGAACCAAAAAAAUGAUCUCAUUAUGGACCAAGUCAAUCUCUGUAUGGACAUCAUCGAGGAGCUCCAGGUUGUGAUUACCUCCAUCAACGACUCACGCGUCAAGUGGACCAUCUCUGGCAAGGCAGCGGUGGAGAAUAUCCACAAGCAAUUACAAACGGCGACUGAACAGCUUGAGCUUACCUUGGGGGUGCAUACGUUAGCCGUCGCCAAAGAUAUCAAGAACGAUGCUACUGAACUGCUGUUGGGUCAAGAACAGAUCGGUGCCCAGGUUCAACGCCUGUCCGAACAUAUGGGACUGAGGGAUAACACCGGACCGUCCCAUCGGUCUAGUCCCACCACCAUUCCAUCAUGGUCAAGGACCUCACAAGGUGUCUGUGUCGAAGCCAGCGGACAGUGCGCUUCAUCUGUUGGUGCCAUGGCUGGCAUUCAUGAGUCUGUCAACGAUGGAAACUACACCAACGACACACCAUCACCAACAAACAGCAGUCAAUGGAGUGGAUCAACUGCAUACUCGCCACUUGCUUCUAUCCCUUCUCCCAUCAGUGUUAUCGACGUAACUGCCACUCUCGUCACCCCCAACGUCAACCCCAUCUAUCAUCAUGCAGCCGAAACUGGAUCGUGGUCUCAAUACCAGGACCCGGCUACAGUAGCUCCAGAUACUCCCGAUAUCACAUUUUGGCCUAGCGAGAUCCAGUACUCACCAACAACCAUGGCGCAUAAGACCGCGAAACUCUCUAAAGACAUCACCGUUGAACAUGUCGAGACACCCACCGCUCCCUCAAAAGAAGAGGUUAUUCGCAACCAGUUCAAGGAAGCCGCUUGGUCAUUAGCUCCUAAGAAGAAACAAAAGUCGGUCCGGGAGACAUUCAAGGAGAUGGUCAGGCUGAAGGUUGCUGCGUCUGUCGCUGCUUGACUACAGCAUACAGUGUACAUUAUCCUAGCAAUACAGUCUUUUUGUCAAGGCACGCUGCACCAUCUAUCUCGGCAUAUAAUUACCUCCACAAUUUGAGCACAGAUGAGAAGGUUAGUUGAUCCUAAAUGACUUAAACCACGGCGUCGGUCUCAUACCCUCCAAUAGGCAAGCGUGCGGCGUAUGUUCUCAUGAUGCUCCACCGCGACAUAGGCACUUGAGAGCCACAUUUGAGGCACAGCUUUCCCGAAGCCGAGAUGAGCAUCAGACCAAGUUUUUCUGCUCCCUUGAGGCGAGUGUGGGUCAAAUCCAAUUCCAAUAAGGAACACUGGCCCAAAUGCAGGUUUUCUCGGAGCCGUUGAUCGGAGGGCAAACAGUUACGCGUAUGUAGACAAACAAGUGCAACCAAUUGACUUGCUGCUAUGUAGGUAUCAGUGACCUCCCCACC